CCCUACAGCGAGAGAAAAGGCUUCAUCUAGCUCAGUACGCAGGCGCCCUCUCGGGGCGAGGAGGCGGGGCUAACGUUUUUCCCGGGCCUCGCGUACCGCGUUGUAGCCCCUAGAACGUGCGCGCGAACUCCCGAGGAGGAAGACGGCUGUCUAGCUGCGCGCCCGCGCGUCGUGUUGCGCGCGAUCGUGAAGUCACAAAACUGCCGGGGUGCACGUAGCAGUCCUUAAUUUGGGCCACAGCCAAAGUUCCCAGGGAGGUGCUCUCUGAGGUCCCCUUUGCCCCAGGCAGCAUCCUGAGCUUUGGAAUUUCAAGCCUUGAACUUGGUCUUCACGCUCCGCCCCAACUCCCGGGGGAUCCCCGGGACCACUAUGACCUGCUGCAGCGGCUCGGUGGCGGCACCUAUGGAGAAGUCUUCAAGGCUCGAGACAAGGUGACGGGGGACCUGGUGGCAGUGAAGAUGGUGAAGAUGGAGCCUGACGAUGAUGUUUCCACACUUCAGAAGGAAAUCCUCAUCUUGAAAACUUGCCGGCAUGCCAACAUCGUGGCCUACCAUGGGAGUUAUCUCUGGCUGCAGAAGUUCUGGAUAUGCAUGGAAUUCUGUGGGGCUGGUUCUCUCCAGGACAUUUACCAAGUGACAGGCCCCCUGUCAGAGCUCCAGAUUAGCUAUGUCUGCCGGGAAGUGCUCCAGGGACUUGCCUAUCUGCACUCACAGAAGAAGAUACACCGGGACAUCAAGGGAGCCAACAUCCUCAUCAAUGAUGCUGGGGAGGUCAGACUGGCUGACUUUGGUAUCUCAGCCCAGAUUGGGGCAACACUGGCCCGACGCCUCUCUUUCAUUGGGACGCCCUACUGGAUGGCUCCCGAAGUGGCAGCUGUGGCCCUGAAGGGGGGAUAUAACGAGCUGUGUGACGUCUGGUCCCUGGGCAUCACUGCCAUUGAACUAGCCGAGCUACAGCCACCGCUCUUUGACGUGCACCCUCUCAGAGUUCUCUUCCUCAUGUCGAAGAGUGGUUACCAGCCCCCCAGGCUAAAAGAAAAAGGCAAAUGGUCGGCUGCCUUCCACAACUUUGUCAAAGUCACCCUCACUAAGAACCCCAAGAAACGACCCGGUGCCACCAAGAUGCUCAGUCAUCAACUGGUGUCCCAGCCCAGGCUAAAUAGAAGCCUGAUCCUAGAUCUUCUUGACAAACUGAGGAAUCCAGGGAAGGGGACCCCAAUUGUCGAGAUCGAAGAUGAGGAGCCUGAGGUGCCCCCUGCCGUCCCCCGGAGGAUCAGGUCCACUCACCGAUCCAGCUCUCUAGGGAUCCCAGAUGCUGAUUGCUGUCGGCGGCACAUGCAGUUCCGGAAGCUCAGAGGAAUGGAGUCCAGACCCACGGCCCACACGGCCCACUUACAGCCCCCUGGAGACUUCAGGAGCAGCAGCCCUAGGAGGCAGCCGUCAGAGUCAGAUGAUGACUACGACGACGUGGACAUCCCCACCCCUGCAGAUGACAUACCUCCUCCACUGCCUCCCAAGCCCAAGUUCCGUUCUUCAUCAGAUGAGGGUCCCGGGGGCACUGGGGAUGAUGGGCAACUGAGCCCCGGGGUGCUGGUCCGGUGUGCCAGUGGGCCUCCCCCACGCACCCCCCAUCUCGGGCCUCCCCCAGCCUCCCGAAGCCCCCACCUAACUGCCCAUUCAGAACCCUCACUCUGGAGCCCAACCCCCCGGGACCCUGGUCAGCCCCCAUUGUUGCCCCCCAAGAAGGAAAAGAUGAAGAGAAAGGGAUGUGCCCUUCUCGUGAAGUUGUUCAAUGGCUGCCCCCUCCGGAUCCACAGCACAGCUGCCUGGAUACACCCCUCCACCAAGGACCAGCACCUGCUCCUGGGGGCAGAGGAAGGCAUUUUCAUCUUGAACCGGAAUGAUCAGGAGGCCACACUGGAGAUGCUCUUUCCUAGCCGGACUACCUGGGUGUACUCCAUCAACAAUGUCCUCAUGUCCCUCUCAGGAAAGACCCCCCACCUGUAUUCUCAUAGCAUCCUGGGCCUGCUGGAGCGCAAGGAGACGAGAGCGGGAAGCCCCAUCGCUCACAUGAGCCCCCACCGGCUACUGGCAAGGAAGAAUAUGGUCUCCACCAAGAUCCAGGACACCAAAGGGUGCCGGGCUUGCUGCGUGGCGGAGGGUGCGAACUCGGGGGGCCCGUUCCUGUGCGGCGCACUGGAGACGUCCGUGGUCCUGCUUCAGUGGUACCAGCCCAUGAACAAGUUCCUGCUGGUCCGGCAGGUGCUGUUCCCGCUACCGACGCCCCUUCCAGUGUUCGCGCUACUGACCGGGCCGGGCUCCGAGCUGCCCGCCGUCUGCAUCGGCGUGAGCCCGGGGCGGCCGGCGAACUCGGUGCUCUUCCACACCGUGCGCUUCGGCGCGCUCUCCUGCUGGCUGGGCGAGAUGAGCACAGAGCACAGGGGACCGGUGCAGGUGACCCAGGUAGAGGAAGACAAGGUGAUGGUGUUGAUGGACGGGUCUCUGAAGCUGGUGACUCCGGAGGGGGACCCAGUCCGGGGACUUCGAACUCCAGAGAUCCCUAUGACUGAAGCAGUAGAGGCCGUGGCUAUGGUCGGGGGCCGGCUCCAGGCCUUUUGGAAGCAUGGAGUGCAGGUGUGGGCUCCAGGCUCAGACCAGCUGUUGCAGGAGCUGAGAGACCCCACCCUCACCUUCCGUCUUCUUGGCUCCCCCAGGCCUGUGGUGGUGGAGACACGCCCAGCAGACGAUCCUACUGCCCCCAGCAACCUCUACAUCCAGGAAUGAGUCUCUGGGGGGGGUGUUAGGAAUCAGUCCCUGCACCCCCCUCCCCAACGGACAUACAUUAGUGAUCAUGACAUGCACUUGUCUCCCAAUAAACAUGGCUCCAGCCUC